GGCUGGCGAAACGGCACGCACGUCGUACGUCAGCACGCUCUGAGAAACAUGUCUGCAUCUGAGAGCGAGACGACGACAAAGGAGUCUGCUAAAGAAGAUGUCUUAGAAAUACAAGCAGCACAGAUACCGGAGCCAGGUCAAGAAAAGAAAGAUAACGGCUCCUGCACAGCUGGAGAUGAGAAGACUGAACCCAUGGGAGGUAUUUCAUCGUUGUUGUCAUCACAACUACAGUUUGGGAAGGAUAAUUCCAAAGCGUUAGAGGAAGAUGAAAAACAGUCCUCUGUUUCCUCUCCACCAAACAAAUAUGCUGCAGGACAUGCAGCAAAGUCACUUCCAUCACUUUCCUCUUCACUGUCCUCGUCUCCUUCUACUUCUUCAGCAUUUUCCCCUGGCCGAGCAAAGAUGAGUGUUUCUGGACCUAGCAGCAGUAAACCUGUCUUGCCACCUGCGCCUCUCUCUUCCUCAUCCUCUUCUGCCACACCUUCCUCAUCUCCAUCUGUGUCUCCAUCCCCACACAAGAUACAUCGAGCACGCAAGACUAUGAACAGGCCACCCCUAACACAGAUGGCCAAUGUUGAGAGCCCAGUUGGACCUGUGAUUAUUUCAGGGUCCUCUUCCUGCCUUUCCACUGACACUGAAACAGCUGCAAAAAGGAGAAGACUGGAUUUGUCUGAUAACACCCAUGAGAAGUCUGAGAACAUUCCCAACAGUGCUCAAACUGUGGAAGAAGCUUUGUUCCAUAAAAGAGUGGAGUCUGUUACAAAGUCCUUACCAAUGAAAAGUAGCAGCUGUGUGAGGAAAUCUGAGGAGGGAGCAGAAGAGACAAUUCAGCUUGACAUUCAGUCAAGCCAAGACUCAAAUAAGAGUUCACAGUCUGACACACAGAGUGGUGUCCAGAUUAGAAAUGAAAGUGAUGAUUCUUCAUGGCUGCAAUCAGAUCAAGACAAAGACGGAAACACCACUGAUGUGGUGGAGAUACGGGGAGGAGUAAAUCCUACUGAAUACACAGAGGUUCCAUUAGGUGCACUGGACAUCGCUGCUGCUGACAGUCUGACGCUUUCUCCUAAUCAUGACGACAGCGACGCAGGAGAUACAGAGCGGAUGGAGGAGCUUCCUCUGUGCAGCUGUAGGAUGGAGGCCCCACGUGUUGACAACACCAAUCACAUUGUCAGCAGACAGUGCAUGGCCACUGAGAGCAUCAAUGGAGAGCUGAGGGCUUGCACCAGUCGGACUAUUAAAGGGGAAACAAUGCGGCCAUCAAGUCGCGUGGCCCUCAUGGUUCUUUGCGAUGCCCAUCGCUCACACAUGGAACACCACUGCUGCCCCGGUUGUGGAUACUUUUGUCUCACGGGAACCUUUCUGGAGUGCUGCCCAGACCAGCGCAUUGCUCACCGUUUCCACCGUGGCUGUGUGACAGUGCUGGCCGGCGGGCGCAACCGCGGAAACGGGGAGAUGCUUUUUUGCCCACACUGUGGUGAGGAUGCCUCAGAGGCUCAAGAGGUCACCAUCCCCUCCUUCAGCUCAGCUAUGCCCUCCUCAGCCACAGUUGUAACCAUGUCAGCUUCCUCUACUACCACCCCAUCUCUCCCACCACCCACCCCCACGGCACCGUCCUUCACAGCCUCCACAGGUGGAAUGAAGGAUGGGAAAAUGCCUGAAAGACCCGUCAGUGCGCGUAUGCGUAGCCAUGGGCUAGCAGCGCAGGAAGUGGAACAGCAGCAGCCACCGCAGAUUGUAGUCUCAGCAGCCCCUGAGACAUUAAUACCCCCAGCAGAGGAGGGCGUGGACAGUGUGGGACCUUCCCUUUGCAUGCCAAAUGGAAAACCCAUCAGCCCCAGUGCACUUCCACCUGGGCCCAGCAGGACUGCACUUCAGAAAGCCAUUCUUUCACAGGACACUGAGAGGAGGAAGAAACUAAGGUUCCACCCCCGUCAGCUCUACCCUGCUGCCAAGCAAGGCGAGGUGCUGAGAGUCCUGCUUAUGCUGAUGGAAGGUAUCGAUCCAACAUACCAGCCUGAUUCUCAGAACAGACGCUCUGCAUUACAUGCUGCAGCACAAAGAGGUCUGUUGGAAGUCUGUUACAUACUAGUACAGGCUGGUGCUGAAGUUGAUGCCAAAGACAAAGCUAUGAGGACCCCUUUGUUGGAAGCAAUCGUCAACAAUCAUGUGGAGGUGGCUCGUUACCUGGUCCAGAGUGGUGCAUGUGUUUACCAUGUUGAGGAGGAUGACUACACUGGCCUCCACCAUGCAGCCAAGUUGGGCAACCUGGAAAUUGUCAACAUGCUACUGGAGACGGGGCAGGUUGAAGUAAAUGCACAAGACAGUGGUGGCUGGACACCGAUCAUCUGGGCUGCAGAGCACAAACACGUUGAGGUGAUCAAAGCACUGCUAAACAGAGGAGCUGAUGUCACCAUCACUGACAAGGAGCUGAACGUGUGCCUCCACUGGGCAGCGUAUGCAGGAAGCGUGGACAUAGCGGAGCUGGUUUUGAACGCGGGCUGUUCCCUAGCUUCAAUGAAUAUUCAUGGAGAUACGCCGCUCCACAUCGCUGCCAGAGAAGGCUUCUUGGAAUGUGUUACGUUGUUCCUGUCCAGAGGUGCAGAUAUUGAUAUCAUCAACAAAGAAGGAGACACACCCCUCAGCCUCGCACGGGUCGAUUCUCCGGUUUGGGUUGCGCUUCAAAUUAACAGGAAGCUGCGAAGAGGAAUAACAAAUCGCAUGAUUCGGACAGAAAGGAUCAUUUGCAGUGAUAUUGCACAGGGCUACGAAAAUGUGCCCAUUCCAUGUGUGAAUGCAGUGGAUGAUGAAGGCUGUCCUUCAGACUACAAAUACAUUUCAGAAAACUGUGAAACUUCAGCAAUGAACAUAGACCGCAACAUUACACAUUUACAGCACUGCAGCUGCACUGACGACUGCUCAUCCAGUAACUGCCUCUGCGGGCAGCUCAGCAUUCGCUGCUGGUAUGACAAGGACCAACGUUUGCUGCAGGAGUUCAACAAAAUUGAACCUCCACUUAUAUUUGAAUGUAACAUGGUGUGUUCCUGUCACAGAACAUGCAAGAACAGGGUGGUGCAGGCUGGCAUCAAAGUUCGUCUUCAGCUCUACAGGACAGAGAAGAUGGGCUGGGGGGUGCGAGCUUUGCAGGACAUUCCACAGGGAAGCUUCAUCUGCGAGUAUGUGGGGGAGCUGAUCUCUGACGCUGAGGCAGACGUUAGAGAAGACGAUUCCUAUUUGUUUGACUUGGACAACAAGGACGGGGAGGUGUACUGCAUUGAUGCACGGUACUAUGGCAACAUCAGCCGCUUCAUUAACCACCUCUGUGAUCCCAACCUGAUCCCAGUGCGCGUGUUCAUGCUGCACCAGGACCUGAGAUUUCCCCGCAUUGCCUUCUUCAGCUCCAGAGACAUCCUCAGUGGACAAGAGCUCGGGUUUGACUACGGAGAUCGCUUUUGGGACAUAAAAAGCAAGUACUUCACUUGUCAGUGUGGCUCGGAAAAAUGCAAGCACUCGGCCGAGGCCAUCGCGUUGGAGCAGAGCAGGCUGGCUCGAAUGGAGGCCUGCGUGGAAUCAGGAAUUGACUGUGGGAUGAGUACGGUGGGAAACUCUUAACACCCAUGAGGCCUUUGCAUCGACCACAUCAGUCAAUCAUGCAGAGCAUUGGAAGUGCACCUUUGUUCUAAUCGUUCUAUUUGGUGCUGUUUUUGUACUUGAAAUUGUUUUGUUUUAUUUGUUUUUGUAGGUCAACUUUGCCACUCCAGAGUUGUCAUUUCAUUUCCCUUACAGUCGAGGGCGCAGGCCUUAACAUAUUUUUAAACUGUGAGGAAGUGAUGUAUAAGGAAAAUUACAUGACUUUGUAAUUAAACAUGUUUACUGUGUAAUACUUUAUAUUUCUGACUCCAUAUCAAGUUGUUUUUGCUUUUUGUCUUCUGUCAAGUAAUUUUCAGUGCUGUGCCAAGAAGUACGCAGAUGCAAAGUGUAAUUCCUGAUGGAUUGUGUAGGGACAAAACAAUGGUGGUUUGUUCUGAUGAUGGUAUUAUGUUUUUUUUUUUUUUUUUAACAUUGUAUGUGUUUUUAAAGUAAUGUGGAAUGAAUAAGCUCACAAAUUGAUCUUUCAUUGUUCUUUUUAUAUCAGUACUUAGUACAGGAAAUUUAAAGUGUUUUCAGAAGAUUUGACCACAGUGCACACGGAAUAAACAGGAGUCUCACAAUUUUACUGGCCAUUAGACCUCUACUACACUCUG